AUGAAUAUUAUACCAAAGUACGCACAAAUGAAACCGAAAUCAAAAACAGCAGCGAGUCAGAAAAUUGUUAGGAGAGCCGAGAACAACUACAUCCAAUGUGAAUUAAAAAACUUGCACGCCAAAAAGCAACAUACAAAUGCGGAGCUAUUGGCCAUCCACCUACAGUUAGCGGAGCAUCUGCCAAUCCAAACUUUGAUGGAAAUAAUAGAGAAAAUAAAAGCCAAUAAUAAAAAACUCAUGAAGAAGAAGUAUGAAAGGUUGAACAAGAAACUCGUUAACUUGAGGGCGAAGCAAAGCAACCACAAAAUCAUGAAAGAUGCAGAACAGAAAUUCCACUCCCGAUUUGUAAACUUGACGGAGGUUUACAUCAAUGAGCAAGAAGCAGAACUAUUAAGAAAAGGCCUCAAACACAACAUUGAAAGUUACAACCAAAAGAGGGAACUUGAACAAACUAUCGUGGAUACUGAAGUUAUUAUAUCACGGCUUCCAGCUGAAGAACAGGAGCACGCCAGACACAUAUGUCGGCACAUAAUUGAAAAAGACAUAAAUGCCAAGAAAACUAGGAAGCAGAAGAACGAAAACCAAACCAUAAAAGGGCUCAAAGAAAAGCUAAGGGCAAACAAUGUUAUAACCACAAAAGCAGACAAAGGCAAUACCACCGUAUUAAUUGAUAAAAAAGAUUACAUAGAGAAAACUGAAAGUCUAAUAACUGAAAUAGGGUGCAAUAAAUUGGGAAAAGAUCCCACUGAAGAAUACCAAGCAGCAAUAAAGAAUACCAUAAAGAAAAGCACAACCAUAAUAAAGGAUAAUCUACCAUAUAGACUAACACUUAUGAACCCGAGUGUCCCUCCGUUGAUUGCCUUGCCAAAGACACACAAACCAGGCACCCCGAUGAGACCUAUCAUUAAUUACAAGUCUGCUCCCGGAUACAGACUCUCCAAGCACCUAAAGACGCUGCUGAAGGAUAGUCUGGAUCUACGCAAUAAAUAUACUGUUACAAAUGCAACGGAACUAAUCGAGAAGAUGAAAUCGUUGAAGAUCAACGAAAACACUAAAUUCGUAUCAUUCGACAUCAAGGACCUUUACCCAUCGAUACCAACAAUAGAAACCAUAAAGACCGUACAAGAAAUACUGAUGGGAAAAAUGAAAAGAGAAGCUGUCACGGAAAUAAUAAACGCGUUGAAGGUCACAUUAAAACAAAACUACUUCCGGUUCAACAAUAAGAUAUAUAAACAGAUUAACGGGUUAGGAAUGGGCAAUCCGACGUCAGCAAUACUCAUGGAAGUAUUCAUGCAAACACUGGAGGAGAAAUACAUGAAAAACCUAUCGACCAACCUAGGAGUAAAAUUCUACGCGAGAUAUGUCGAUGAU